AUGUUCAUUAAUACCAAAGUGCAAGGACCAUCUCUUGAUGAUUUACUGAAUACAAAUACUAUAGACAAUUUAACGUGUCACUAUGUGUAUUCCGAUGAUGCCUUACCUUUAUAUGAUGCUCGAGUUUUUAAGCCGCCAAAGGAAUCUAUUUUCUUUCAUGAUACAGGUUGUAAAGGUACCCUGAACUCUCGACAGCUUUGUGCAAUAGAAUCGGCCGCUCGAGCGAAUCCAAAUAGACAAGUAUACGUGUUUUUCAGUGCACCUGUAUCUGAAUUUGCGGUGCUAAGUGAUCUCGCAGUUUUAGACGACUUCAGUAAUGUGCAUUUGGCGCGUAUUCACAUAACCGAUUAUGUGGCAGACAGUCCUGUGGAACAUUUGGUACAGACUGGCGUUCUAAAUAAGACCAACUGGGGUAUCGAAAACACGUCGAACGUUUUAAGAUUCCUCACUCUUUAUAAAUGGAGUGGCGUGUAUUUAGACACGGAUGUGGUUGUGGUUAAAUCUUUCGAUUCUUUGCCAGCGAACUGGAUUGCGAGAGAGGAUAGAAAAAUGCUGAAUGCAGCUGCUAUGUCACUGUCUGAAGAUCAUGUUGGGCGGUAUUUUGCGACUCUUUUCCUUGAGGAAAUAGCGAUGAAUUACAGACCAGAUAUCUGGACCCACAACGGACCAGGCGCCGUCACUCGGGUGCUGACGAGAGAGUGCAUUGUUAAAGAGGCUGUCUUAAUGACGGCAGCAAACUGCAAAGGUACGUAA